GGGCCCCUGCUUUAGGAGCUUGAGGUUUGGGGCCAACAGUAGGUCGUGAACAUGGCAGAAGAAGGGAGGAAUCUUGGAGCAGAUGACAGUUUGUUCCCGCACGCUGCUCCAUCUCAACAAAGAAACGAUCUUUGGCAGUAACAACAAGCCGCAGCCUCUGAACGGGGAAUCCCAACAUGGUGAGGUAGGUGUGCCUGUAUCACUUACACUGUGUCUUUCAGGAAGGAAGUUAAAUCUAUUUGUGCGAGAGUGUUCUUUUUUUUCAACCUUUCUGCCUCGAUGUGACUUCUUGUGAAGUUUAAAACUAGUGUGGAGAAGCCGGUAGUUAGCCGGAGCCAACAUGUCGGACUCUCUGGAGAGAUCUACAAAAAUCAACUUGUUAAAGGAGUCGAUUGUGAAGAAACUUUGUGAGGUGUUGGAUAAAUCAAGCAAUAAAGGAUGGCGAAAACUUGGAGAGAUCGUGAGCAGUGACAGGCGGUUUAAAGUCAGCUCAGACGACAUGGAGAUGUGUUCCCUCAGGGUGCUGGAGGUGGAAGGGAGCCCCAGCCUGACGCUGCUGAGGCUCAUGGGAGAGCGAGGCUGCACUAUGGGUCACCUCAUGGACUACCUCCAAACUCUGGGCAACUCGGACGCCCUGCAGUGCCUGAAACCACCAGCGUUACAGAUCCUCAUUCAGCCGCAGUCCGUAGCUCUAAUUUGUGGCCACAAUCUGCGCCUCAGCUGCCAUGCAGUGGGAAAAUCUCCUGUCCAGUACCAGUGGUUCAAAUCCAGAGAAGAGGUACCCAACAGCUUCUCUCCAGAGCUUCUGAUAAGUCCCGUCCAGCUGAAGGACGCCGGCUUUUACAUCUGCAGGGUCAACUGUGGCGAUGCUUGUGAAUUCAGCCAGUGGGCUCAGGUGGAUGUCCUAAAUGUCACCAUGUCUUAUGCUCCAGGACAGAGUUAUCAGUCCAUAGACAGACGGCUAAAGUUGGCAAUCCAUCCUCAGUCCCAGCGGCUGCAUGUUGGGGAAACCCUGCAGCUGGAGUGUGGUGCUGUGGGCCGGCCGAUCCCUCGAUACCAGUGGCACAGGAACGGAGUGCCGAUCCCAAAAGCCACAAAGAGGAAACUCAUGAUUCCCCAGGUAAUGCAGGAUCAUCAUGGCAGGUAUCGCUGUGAGAUCAGCAGCAGCUCGGAAAGAAUGUGGACCAAUGAAGUUGAUGUUGUGAUAGCACCGAGGAUAUCUGUCCAGAUUUCAGGGGCAAUGGAGUGCUCUGAAGAUGAUAUUUACGCCAUCGGAGGAGAUUCCUGUGAACUUUUCCUAAAUAGUUUGCCUGAGCAACUUUACGCGACUGACAAAGUGGCCCUGCUGAUCGGUAACCUGUCCUACCAGAACCACCCGCAGCUCAAGGCCCCCAUGGUGGACGUGUACGACCUCACCAACCUCCUGCGGCAGCUGAACUUCAAAGUGGUUUCACUGCUGGACCUCACCGAGUCGGAGAUGAGGAACGCCGUGGACGAGUUCCUACUGCUGCUGCAUAAGGGGGUUUACGGUCUGCUGUACUACGCUGGACACGGAUACGAGAACUACGGAAACAGCUUCAUGGUGCCGGUGGACGCACCGAACCCGUACCACUCUGCCAACUGCCUGUGUGUGCAGAGCAUUCUGAAGCUGAUGCAGGAGAAGGAAACGGGCCUCAAUGUUUUUCUGCUGGACAUGUGCAGAAAAAGGAAUAUUCAUGAUGAAAGCACUCCGAACAUCGUCCUGAGAGUCACGGCCAACAUUGUCUUUGGAUAUGCGACGUGCCAGGACGCUGAGGCCUUUGAGCUGAGCUCCACGGGUUUCACCAACGGCGUGUUCGUUAAGUUUUUAAAGAAACGGCUGCUGGAUGACGAGAAGAUCACGGUGGUGCUUGACAGAGUGGCAGAAGACAUGGGUCAGUUUGACGCCACAAAGGGAAAGCAGGCUCUGGAAAUCCGUAGCAGCCUAUCAGAGAGGAGGGCUCUGACCGACCCUAUUCUGCCCGGCGACAGUGCAGACCUCGUUCACGCUCACAGCAGACAGUGGGCAAAAGCUCAUGAGCUUCCUGAAAGCAUGAGCCUGAACUUUGACUGCGGCGCUCAGAUCAAGCUGGGCUUUGCUGCAGAGUUUUCCAACGUUCUCGUCAUUUACACCCACAUCGUGAAGAAGCCAGAGGACAUGUCCUUCUGCCAGGCUCACGUCACCGACUUCUCUCUGGACCUUGAUGUUGAUCCAAAGGAAAUGAACAGAGAAACUCCUGAGGAGACGGGGAUCUACCUGCUGUCCAGCAGCCUGCCGCAGCACUGUCUCUACACCAGACUCAGCUCUCUGCAGAAACUCAGGGAGGAGCUGGUUUUCACCGUUUGCCUUCAGGGAACGUUUGCAGCCAUGGACGAUGACCACCCCAUAUUCUGGACCAAAAGCGUGAACAUCGGGAAGCCGCUGAUCGCCCGGCUGGACUUGCACCGGGCCGUGCGGCGGAACAGCUGCCUGCAGACCUGCAUGAUGCCCCACAGCCCGUCCCAGAGCCCCUGCCACAGCCCGGGCCCGGAGCACCAGCACUAUCUGCACCACGGGUCGCACCAGGACUACAACCGCCUGUCGCCGCAGCACGCUCAGGGCGCAGCGGGCGGCUGCGGCUUCUCCUGCUACGACCAAUUCAGUCAGUGCGACUUUGACCGGACCUACGAGUCCGACGGACUCCUGAGCUCCUCGGGGAAGCUGAGCAUCCCCAUCGAGGCGACAGAGGACAUCAACGAGCUGCAGGCCGUGUUCAUCAGCAGCCUGCACCUUCAGCCACAGUGACGCGGAGCCUCCAGCUCACUCAAAGGACAGAUUUAUGUUCUGCUGCUGUUAAAUCACUACUGGGGACAUGGGGGACUUGUUUUUUGUUACCUCACAAAAGUAUUGUGUUCCCUCGCAAUAAAUUAUAUUGUAGGGCCAUUGUACAAAGAAUAAAACGUAUAUUUUCGCCAGAAAGUAUUUUGAGUCUAAUCUGAGAAAAUUUCUUGAAAAAAAUUAGCAAAUUUCUGUGUUUCAUAAUUUUAAAUGUGGUAGAAAAAAACUAAUUAUCUAGGAAAAAAUCUUUCAAAUUUCUGAAAUUGAAAUGUCAGAAAAUUCCUAGAAAAAACUCAUGUUUUCUAGAUAAAACUUGGAAAUUUCUGAGUUUCAAAAGUUGGAAAUGUUUUACUUUUAGAAAUUUCGCCAAAACUUUUCCAAAAGUUUUUUUCCAUAAAAUUGAGAUCAAUCUCAAAAUCUGAGCUUUUUUACAGCAAAGUUUCAACUUUUGAAAGUUAGAAAUUUCCUUUUUUUGUUGGAAAUUUAUCACUACUUUUCUAUGUGUGCACAACACACUGUUGUAAUUUUCUAAACAGUUUCAUUGAUAACAGGUUAUACCUGUACAUUAAACUUUAAAUAAAAAUGAUCUUUCUACAUUCUUAACUUGUUGGAGCUGAAAAUUGGUUGAAAAUUAAUCUAGUAAUUGGUUGUCCAUGGUUGUUUAUGUAAUAUCUUCCAUGUUUGUGGCUUUGUGCACAUAAAUUUGUGGCGCAUUUAUCCAAAAGAAAAAUAGGUAAAACUUUAGAUAACUCAAAAAUGAGAUGAUACCCGGAAAAACCUUCCAUGAUGCUGCAUGAACUGACUACUAAAUACAUUAUUACAUGGGAACGCAAAACGUUUGUGAGGUAACACAAAAGAAAAAAUUACAUUAAACUUUGUGUGUAAAGGUUAUAUUUUGAAAUAUAUUUUUAGAUAAAUGUAUUUUUGUAAAUUUGAAAUUGUUGAAUGUAGUUUGUGUUUGCUGUGGAUUUGUUACCCCCGCAAAACAUUUAUUAAGUCUUUAAUUCAGAAAGUGAAACAGAAUUUAUUUCUCUGAAAUUUUUACUAAUUACAUACAUAAGACCAAUUAAAAAAAUUAAUUAAGAUUUUUUUUUUUUAUUGCAUACUUUAGCUUACAGGACCAAAUCAUUUUCACAGUUAUCCAGCAGACUUUCUCGCCCUCCACAUGGAUGAUAAACCCCAAAUGAUCACUGGAAAAGAAACUGGCUGUAUCCAAGCGCAGUAAUGGAAAGUUUAGUGGAAGGAACCUGCACCUUUGAGAGGAUUGUGAAACAAAACCAAUCCAAGAGUUUGACAGAUUCACAAGGUGUGGAUUACAGCCGGAGGACAAAUCCUGCACUAAUUUUUUAUUUAAACCUGUUUGGACU